AUGGAAAAGAACAUCUGUUAUCGGCAACGAAGGAGAAAAGAAGUCAUCUACGACGAUUGCGUACUCGAGGACUCCUUGUCCCAAGUUGACUGGCAAAUCGAGGAGGACCCAAACGUAGACUACGAGAUGCUGCUAGGAGGAUUACGAGCCUGUGCUGAGCGUGCCUCAAAGCCGCGCAUGACAGACUUGAAUCGAAUUUCGGAGACCACCCAAGAAUUGUUGGAGAAGAAGGACUUCUGGCUUGAUCCGAAUGCAUCGCACAUUGAGCGGUUAGUAGCAAUCACUGGCUGCAGGAAAGCGUUGCAGGAGGAUCUUUCGAAAUACAGGCAGAAGAAGAUUCUCGAAGCAGCACAAAGAAGAACGAGUCUAAAGAAGUGCCGCAGGAAUCUAAUUAUAAUAUUCCGCUAG